AUGCUUCGAAGGCAAACGCGCGAACGUCGGGAAUACAUCUACAAAAAGGCGCUCGAAUCCAAAGAGAAACAGAUCUACGAACGCAAACAGCAACUCCGAGAGGCUCUCGCAUCAGGGAAACCACUACCUCCCUCCGCCUCGUCUUCCGAAGCGACCGAGCUCGGACGUGACCUCAAUCUGGAUGCAGCGCAGGCGGAACCGGGUACGUCGAUCGACGACGAGUACUCUCGUUCGGGGACGUACGAUCCUCGCGUUCUGGUGACUACUUCGCGCGAUCCUAGUUCUCGUCUGACCCAGUUUGCGAAGGAAGUUCGACUGCUUUUCCCGAACUCGACGCGGUUGAAUCGAGGUGGAUAUACGGUCUCGGAUCUAUCCGCUGCAGCGAGGAGCAAUGGGAUUACGGAUCUCGUCGUGUUGCACGAACAUCGUGGCGUACCAGACGCAAUGGUCGUCUCCCACUUCCCCCACGGUCCCACCCUCCUUUUCACGCUGCACAACGUAGUCCUUCGACACGAAGUAUCCACAUCUUCCUCCACCGUCUCCGAACAAUACCCCCACUUGAUCUUCGAAAACUUCUCCUCAAAACUCGGGAAUCGCGUCAAACAAGCACUCAAACACCUCUUCCCCGUCCCCAAAGACGACUCUACAAGAACGAUGAGUUGGAUCAAUAAGGACGACUUUAUCAGUUUCAGACAUCACGUUCACGUCAAGACGAGUCAUAGAGAGGUUCAGCUAGCAGAAGUAGGUCCGAGGUUCGAAGCGAGAGUCUUCGAGAUCAAACAGGGUACGCUGGAUCAGAAGGACGCGGAUACAGAGUGGGUCUUGAGACCGUACAUGAAUUCGGGUAGGAAGAAGACUCAGUUGUAA